AUGCCCAGGAGGAAGGUCAGCUCUGCCGAGGGGGCGGCCCAGGAGGCGCCCAAGAGGAGGUGGGCCGGGUUGUCAGCCACACCUGCUCCUGCAAAAGUGGACUCGAAGCCAAAAAAGGCGGCAGGAGAGGGUAAAUCUGCAGCCAAAAAGGUGCAAAGGGAAAGGAAAAGGGGAGCAAAGGGAAAGCAGGCGCCAGUGGCGGACCAGGAGCCCACAGAAGAUCUGCCUGCGGGAAACGGAGAAACGAAGGCGGGGGAGGGGCGCGGGGAGCCCAGCCUCCGAUGA